AUGAAGGUUCAGUAUGGUUAUCCAUGCUUGUCACAGCAGCAGGCAUACGAGUGGAGUAGGAAAUUCAGAAAUAGUGUGACAUCUGUGGCAGAUGCUUCUCGCCCGGGUCAGGCAUACAGAGUUGUGACCCCUGAGUCUAUUGCAGCAGUUGAAGCCCUAUUUCACAAAGUGUCUGCAAGGUGGGGGCCACAGCAGCUGACUCCAGAAUUCAAACGACGUGUUCACAUGUGUGAAGAACUUCUGCAGUGCCUUGAAGCAGAAGUCAGAUCAAAGCGAUGUGGACUUUUGACUAGAGGUGUCCUUUUGCAACAUGACAAUGCUCAGUCCCAUACUACCCGUGCAACAGUUGCAGCAGUCCAAGACUUGCACUUUGAGUGUCUUCCACAUCUGCCAUACUCACCAGACCUAACCCCAAGUGAUUACCACAUGUUUGGGCCACUCAAAGAGGUGAUGGGAGGAAAGAGGUUCCGUUCUGAUGAAGAGGUACAGCAGGCAGUGCAUGAGUGA